AUGGCAAUCAUCAUCACUCGCAUCAACCUCGCAUCAAAUGCCGGACAUGCCGAUGACAUUUCCCCUUUGGGAGGUUUGUCCAGGCCCCAAUUCCCUGGAUCUCAUCCUGAACUCCAUCUCGUCCUACAAAACUUGCGAUCUAUCCAUGCAUCUUUGUCUGAUUUCCGACCCACUACAGUCCGCCCACCCAUCCUGGACGCUUCCACCGAAUCGCUCAGCACGUCGGACGAAAAUGACCCGGACGACCAAUGGCUUCAACAAGAUAGCAUUCCCGGUCUCAAACAGCUCAGAGACUCUAUCAAAGUGGACGUUGACGUCUUGAAAAAGUUCCUCGAGGAUGCGAAAUCAGCUCAACAGCCGCCUCUCUCCACGAACGCGCCCUAUCUCAUCUCCGUAUGGAAUGAGGUGCUUUGUGCACCUCCGAUUCUCGUCUCAGUCCUGCGGUUGUUUUCUCCCAAAGGUCCAGUGAACAAGAAGCAGAAGAAGAAGGUCCCGGUCAAGGUCGAUGUGGUCGCGGAUAACGGGCGGCGAUGGAUCAGAGUCAACACAAUCAAAAACAAUCGACUCAUGUCCGAGUUCCGCGAGAUGGACUCAUACUUGACCGACUCGGACGACGACGACGGGCCGUCUCUAGCGCCCGCGGAAUUCGACAACUCGGUUCUCAGGAUGGGCCGCGAUCUGCUGGCGGCGGCGCAAGCCAACCCCAUUGACACGCUCGGCGGGGCUCAAGCCCCUCGCGUGACGCUCAGACUGACACGCCUCGACCCGUCAGACGGCGGUGACCCGCGAAUAUCCCAGACCAUCGACAAGCUGCGCGAUAUGGGGAUCGACGUUGCUCUUGGGGACCGGAGCGCAGAGGAAUUGGCGGUCAAAAGGACGUUACCGCCCACAUCGAUUCCCGCUGUGGACCAGCAGCAGCUGGCCCCGAGCGUCAAUGUCAAUCUUGACUUGUCAGUACUCAUCGCACUGGUGUCCGAUCUGACGCAUACAUCCUUGCCGGCCUCGAUAGAAGAGGCGCAGCGACGAUACGGGCUUUCGUCCUCCAUACAGAACGUGGCGUUGACGACGCAAAUCAUGCAGGAGAUGUUGCAAGAGAUGGGUCAGGGGGGUAUGUUUCAAGAGCUGCACUCGAGGGUAUCUCCGCACGUCAAAUUCUGGACGACCGUCGAAGCUCGAGAGCGGUUCGUUCGGAUAGUAGGAAAGAUCGGCGGCCAGGGCGAGAAACGACGCGCGGAGUACUUGUUCAGUGCUGGCACCGACGAAGACAUAGCUCAGUACUGGGCUGGCUCGCGAUUUCCCGUCGGAUACAUCCCCUUGCUUCCCAUCAACAUCUACGACGAGAGCGAGGCUAAUAGCAUCUGCACCUGUACACCUGCACCAUUCUUCCGAGCGAUGGAGAAGACAUGCUGCGGGAUCUUAACAUUAGGUGAAGCACCCGGGACCGACGGUGCAGUGGACGAAUACAGCAACAACGGGUUCCUGCGCAACCCAGCAAGCCAACGAGCCGCCGUGACCCGGGUGAACGGACGACUGACCGCACACACCGUCAAGAGCAUGCUACUCGGCUCGCGCCGGGGGUGGACGACGUUGACGGCCAACAAGAACAGCAUCAAGGCGCUGAUGAGAGAAGUCAAGGCGGCUCGGCUUGCGGGGAAGUUGACCGAUGAAGACGAGGGGGUCCAUGACAGCACGGCCGUCAUCUGGAUUGUAGACCCGCGCAGUCUCGCAGAGGGAGCUCGUGAGCGUGCUGCGACAGUCUAAUUCAUGUCUUGAAAGCGGCUGUGCUUGGAAGACGCUUGAAUGGACCGCCCUGUCCUAUUUAGCAGUCUGGUCGGUCACGUCGCGAACGCGACCACGUGAUCGAUACCAGCACGAAAAAUAUAUUCGAUCCUCUGUGUUCGAGGGUAGUGGUUAUUGUGAUAACAAUAGAAUACGACAACUAUUAAACUUUU